AUGGUUUGGGAUAAGUGUGUACAUUAUCUGUUUAGUAGUAAGGAAAUAUCUGAAGAACUUGAUAAUAUGACCGGAUUAGAUGUUCGAUUCAGGAUCAAGUUCACGAACGAAAUAAUUUCGGGUACUCUUGGGAUAAAAAAGAAAAGGAAAACUAAAUAUUUACUUUCCUUGCCAAAUAGAUUAAUCGGAAAUUGGUACAUAAUUAACAAAUUUCCUAUACUUUCAUCCACUUCUCAAUACUCUUGA